GGGAAGUGCCUUGUCAGAGUCACGUCCUUUCGCGAGCCAUGCUUGUUCGUCUUUAACCACCACCUAGUGCUCUCCUGCCACCAUAUACCACUGAACGAGAGAAAGACUAAUUAUUGAAUCCUGGGUGCUCAAAGGAAACUGAGACUUUCUGAGGCUAUCCCGUCUAUAGUGCCUCUUGAUCCUAACCGUGUUGUGUUCUGUAAAUCAGGAUGAAUAGAGUUUAUGACCACUAUCAGUCGUAUUCAUGGCAUCAGUCUCACGACCAGGCUACACUUCUCCUACUCGUACCAUAUGAUACCCUUGAGGAUGACGUACUUGUCCGAAUAGAACGCAACCUCAUCAUAGCUGGUGUACGGGGGCAACCUGCGCUUCUCAAGGGUCGCUUAUAUGGUGGUAUUGAUGUUGCCAAUAGCACGUGGCAACUAGAGCCGCAACACUCAUCACACCUUUCUGCAAGGGAACGGACUACCUCUGCAACAUCAACCGCUUCUACUCAAUCAUCCUUUGCGGUGGUUACGGAUCCCGAGAUUUCGAGUAGCUUUGCAGCUUCACUGGAGAGUGGCACAUCCGAUACCGAUGAGCUCGACUUUACCUCACCUACGCUGUCCUCACCAAUAUCUUCCUCUGCCGAAGAUACUCAUGUUUUCCCAACAACCACAUCAGGUAGAAGGAGGAACAAGUUUACCACCUCUCAUCCCGUUUCGCCACAUUCCACGGUGCAUUCGAUGAGCAUGGCAUCCUCUUACUCAUCCAUGGAGUCAUUGCACUCUGGAUCAACGAGAUUGUUGACAUUGCAUCUUGAGAAGGCGGAGUCCAUGAUUUGGCCAUCCCUGAUAAUUGGUCCUGUUCCGGAAGCGCUUUCGGCGACUAACCUUUCUGUCUACCCUUGGGAUGCUACCACCGCUGCUGAAGUCAAGUACAACAUAGAUCCGACUAGCCUAGUUUUAAUUGGUCUGGAUCUCGCUGACAUCCGGGAGGAUAAACCUGAGGCCUUCGAAUAUUUUGUUCGAGCCUGGCACCAAGCACAUGUUCCGUCUGCCACCAUGCGAUUAGCUGCCCAUUACCUUCCCCUGACUGUUUCAUUACCGGAGCUUGGUUCAGCGUCGUCUACUCCGUCGGCGUCACCAUGUCGCACUCCGACGUCCUCACGGGCAUCGCCUCCAUCACCAGGGAGAGUUUCCAUGCGUGCUUACGGUACACCAUCCUACUACCUGCAUUACUUAGGCGGGGCGCCAUAUCUUGCUCAGCUUUACCUAGAGGCAGGGCUUUUGCACCUUGAAGGAACAGCCACGAAUCUUCUUUCUUCCUCGUAUGCCGGGUUAUCGUCACUUCGCGCCUCUGUGCACCCUCUUCAUUCUCAUCCUUCCGAUGGCGGUCACAGUACUGACGCCUGGAGGCGCGAUCGCGAGACAGCAGGGCGAUAUUUUGAGCGCGCUCGCUCGCUUGAUCCUUCAUUAGACAUUCCACUCCUCCCUUCUUCGUCAGAUAUAGAUGCCAACUCUGAUCCAGGGUCGCGUGGCAGCAGGCGCUCUGGCAGCGGUGUCGACAGCGGCGAGGAACAGAAAUUCAGAAUGCCUAUGAUCGAAAUUGAGUCUGAUGACGAUGCACAGAAACGUGUUCGGAGGAGACGGUCUAGGAAAGAUGAUGUUUCCGAUACGAAUGCUAGCUCGACGUCAUUGGUCGAAAAGCGUAUCACCUCGGACGAUGACGACAAUACGUGGUAUCUAUAUUUGCCGGGCUUGGUGGGAGCAGGCACUGCGCUUCUGGUGUUUUUCAUGUUCACAAUGUCAUGACCCCACACGUUUCGGGAAAACACUUGUACAUUCCGGUGAACAAAUCAGAAUGGCAGUAACAUAACAUGCAUUGAAGAUGAAAUAUGCACAAUACAGCUGAAGUGAAGCGCAACGGAGUCAGUGGUGAAACGAGGGUAUGUAUGUACGACGGGAAGAAUGCAAGAAGGUAUAAUAUUGUAAUGCAAGUGUAUCAAUGUAAGCCGUAUUUUCCAGGAGCAAGCAGAAUAAGUAAUAAUCAUAAUCAG